AUUUUGAAUAGGAAAACACACCUACGCUAUGAGUUUUUUAUUUAUUUAGAUGCAUACAGUUGCAGUACACUGUAGCAAAUUGCUUGCAUUUUCUAGUAAUCCGGCUACAGAGACAACAUAUUGCAGCAAACAAGAAAGCAGAACAAGGAUCUGUAUUAAUACUAAAGAUGCAAGGAUGUGGAUUCGGAGGCGAGGAUUAUCUCAUCUAUUCAUCUCCAUCAGCUUUCACCCUAAAUGACUCUGCAGUUGGAUAUAUAUCAUCAUCUAUGUUGAAGUUAGUAAAGUUACGGAGGCUGCAUGGAUGAUUCACUGAUAAACCUUCAGUGCAUGUGUACUGGGCAUUGACCUUAUAUGGUUUCCAAGGAGAAAUUAACAGAAGAUUGCUACACAAUUAAGUAGAUUGAUACAACUCAAUGCCCCGACCACUUAACGCCAUAUACAGAUACUGUUUUUACAACUGUAGAGGAGCGUUCCCAUAUACAAAUUACUCCACAGGGAAAUUCUAUAUUACAUCGAAAAUGAUGAAAAAAGUCAGAAGAAUUUUUGACAUGAGGAAUAUACUGAUUGUGAACUUUCUCGGCAUUUUGAUUAACCUCUUUUUUGUGGUGAUGCAAUUGCAAGAGGGAUUCUGGCCCAUCGAGGCAUACUUCCAACCUGUGUUGACAACAAAGGAUAAAUCCCUUAUGUUGAGUACCCUCCAAGUGUUUAUAGGGGCACUUGAGGCACAUAACAUUACUUAUAUGUUAUAUAUGGGCAGUUUGAUAGGCUCAUACAGACACCAUGGAAUGAUACCCUGGGAUGAUGACAUUGAUAUUAUCGUCAAUAGCAGUCAGCUUCAUGCUGUGAAGAAAGCAGUAGCCCCACUUGCCACAGAAUUUGAACUACAUGAAAGUAGUUUUCUUAUCGGCUCCAAGUUCUUCAGCAAAAGUGGUGAGAAGUUUGCUCACCAGUCAUUCAGUUGGCCAUAUAUAGACAUAUUCUGGUUUGGUGAAAACAGCACACAUAUAUGGGAUGAAAAUCCCCAAUAUUAUAUCCCACAUAAAAAGACGGAUUUAUUUCCUUUGCAAAAGCGACCAUUUGAGGGCAUGCAGGUUUUUGCGCCCUGUGAUAGUGCCACAAUUUUAGCAAGGACUUAUAAGUUAGGCAUUGAUAAAUGUGGGUCAAGGUCGUUCAGUCAUAUAAAGGAGCUUCCAUUGUUCAGUUUUAACCAGAAGGAUGUCCCCUGUAGUAGACUAGCUAGCAAAUUUCCUUUUGUGGAGCGGACAAUAAGCAAUGGUGUCAUGACUGAAACUUUAAAGAUUGCUGACUGGACACUGCAGUCAGUUAUCUUACCCUCUAAAUGUAUUUACGAUGCCAAAAGUCAGUUGAAAUAUGUGACAACCUGCAGUACAAGUGGUGCCAUUAAAAGUAAUCGCCAAACCGUAGAACUGUCUCAGCCAACAUUAGGUGAUGACAGGUCAGUGCCAUCCUCCAACAUGGAUCUACAUAAGACCAGCAAACCCCAAACUGACUUUGGAUCAGCAAGUGUAAAGAAUGUGAAUUAAAAUUGUAUAAAUGCCAAGGUAAUUUUCUACUGUUUAUUAUUUCAAUAAGCUAGCUAUUUUUGUAUUUUUGCAGCUUAAUUGUAGUGAUAUAGCUUGUUCAUACACAUUCUGUACAUUCAUGUUGAUUUUACCUAUCAUAAUCAUCCCUAGCAGCCCUUUCACUCUGAGUGUAUUGUAUGACUCUUGUUGAUUUUGACUAUCAUGCCCUAUCACUCUGCGUGUAUCAUAUGACUCAUGUUGAUUUUGUCUGUCAUAAUUAUGCCCUAUCAUGCUGAGUGUAUCAUAUGACUCAUGCUGAUUUUGUCAAUCAUAAUCAUGCCCUAUCACUCUGAAUGUAUUGUAUGACUCAUGUUGA